AAAUUAUGGGAUCGGAAAAAGUCCCGUUAUGCAGUUCUGUUUCUCUAAGUAGAAACCAAUCAGUAAUUGAUGUGGGUGGCCUGAUCAACCACCAAACGUCUUACGCGUCAGCGGAUUACUGUCACCACACUGAUGAACCGAAGAUGGUCCGUCUAGUAGGAAAUCUCAAAUUAGGACCCAGAUGUCAAAUAAUCGCUGAAGGUAAAGUUGAAAUUAGAAAAAAGCCUGGCCAGGUAGAAGACGAAUUAGAACCUGUGAAAAAGAUACGGAAUAAUAAUAGAUUAGUCCAAUUAGAGAAAUCACAGGUAGAAGACGAAUUAGAACCUGUGAAAAAGAUGCUUAAUAAUAACAGAUUAGUCCCAUUAGUGAAAUCACAGGUAGAAGACGAAUUAGAAUAUGUGGAAAAGCUGUGCAAUGAUAGCCAAUCCGAGAAAUCACUAACCAAUAUUCCGUGCAGUCGACCAACAGCGGAAUCGGUGGAUGAUCAAAGAAGGAUAAAUGAUAGACAUAAAGUGAGUCUAAUUAGUGAAUGUGAGAAACUACCAGAGAGUGUAGUAAUUGACCCGAUAAAUUUAGGAAUUAAUGGAUUAUUGAUAGCCUGAGUAAUAAGUCCAUUAAUGUUUCGUGAUGGAAAUGACGAGAAACCUACAGUUUAUAUUAAAAUAUUGAACUUUUCAGAUGAAGAAUUAACUAUAGCUAAGAAUGAAUGUAUUGGAUUAUGCGUAACUAACUAUGAAAUUGUGUCGCAUGAUAAUGAUAGUAGGUCACUGUCAAAUCAGUCACUAUCAACUCCCGUAUGUCGAAAUGUGUUUAUACAUAAACGCCGAGAGGAAAUUGACGUUGGUGACGAUUACGGUGAUAUUUGCGAACUGCAUAGUAAUACAAAUUCUGAAAUUGAAGAAAUAAUAAAUAGUAAACUCAAACA